AUGGAGGCUGCUUAUCAACAGGUGCUCAGACGUUGGGGUAGCCCAUCUCUAUCGAGGGAUGUUGCGGGACUUCAUCUCAAUGCGGAUGCUAUACUAGUCGACAGGCUCUGCCUAGACCCGUCGAAGGCUAGACUUAUUGUGAAUAGGCUCACUAAGCCGGAGAUGCUCUCACUCAUCGCUGAGGCUGGUCUCGUCCUAAACACCGAUACUGAGGCUGGCGUGGUGAUUGACAAAAUACCAGACGUUAUAGUGCCGUAUCCAGAAGACAUAGCUUGCAUCGAGAUUGCUAUCGCUAGACUAUUGGUUCGGAUAUGGGCUCAAGUACCCGAAGGGGAGGUUAGCGACCCCCAAGUGGAUGCUCUAGCUCGAAUUUUAGGAGUAUGGGCAGUGCAGGAAAGCGUUAUAGUCACCCCGAACGCCGUCGGUGGGACGGCAGUCCACCCAUUACAUCAGCUAUGGUUGAGGUAUGUAUCUCGGCCUGCUCCCUUCCAAGCCCCCCAACGAUGGGCACCAAGUGAUAUACUCCGGAAAAGUCACAAUAGCGUUCAAGCAGGGUGCGCUAGCGUCUUGAUAGUUGCAAUUGUCCGAUACUUUCCUCUUCUGACUGUGAUGAAGAUUAAAGUGAAGAAAAUCCACGCUGUAGCUGCAUGGAGGUGGAAGACUGCUGAAGAAGACUGUGCUAUAUGCUGUCAACCAUUCGAUGCUACAUGUGGGGAGUGUAGGAUACCUGGAGAUGACUGUCCUCCUGUAUGGGGACAGUGUGGUCAUCAUUUCCAUGUCCAUUGUAUAUCAAGGUGGAUCAAUGAUCAGAAGCCAUGUCCUAUGUGCCGUAGAGAAUUCAAACCAAUAGAGAGGCAAUGA